CAUCCAAAAAUUGACCAGCCCUAAAGGCAUCGUCCAUCCAUCACAAUGUCGGACUCGGAAGACGCGUCGAACCAACUCGCUAUCGAACUUCAGAAGGCUGUCGACGUUGUGAACAACGUGGCCAGCACUGCUGCCAGUCAUCCAAAGAAGAAGAAGAAGAAGAAGCGUGCUAGGGAGGAGAGAGACAUCACACAGGAGGCAGAGGAGCCCGUUAAGAAGAAAUCAAAGAAGAAGAAAAAGAAACAUGACGAAGCUCAUGAAGAGGAACAGCUGGCUCAAGAGCUGGUUCAUUCUCAUGCUGAAUCCAGAGUCUCUCCAUCUGCCGUUGACGUAGCCUUGCCUGAUGCAACAGAGCCUGCAAGGAAACGGAAGAAGAAGGAUAAGGGCAAGGGACGUGCCGUUGAGGACCCCAAGCCGCCUGAAGGAACAUUCGAAGCUGUACAGAACACCGAGGAAGACAGGCAGUUCUUGUCUCUGGUGCUUGAAGUAGCAGCAAAGACCAAAUCCCCAGAGGGCCAUCCUUCAGAUGUUCAAGCCUCCGCAGCUCCUUCACCCACAUCUAUUGCAGACCUUCCUGACAUUCCACCACCGCCGAUUCCUUAUCCAGAACACUACAUCCCGUAUACGCAUCCACCUGCCAUGCCAUAUAUUCCACCAGCUCCGGGUGCCUUUGGCCAUGCACCCCAACCAUCCCCCAUGUAUCCGGAUUUCUCUAAUCUCGCACUACCGGACCUUGCGAAUGCAUCAAGUGAGGACAUUAUGCGGGGUUUGCAGCAUCUCGAUAUGGACAAAAUCGCGAGCCUGGUGAAAUCACUGGGCGAAAUGGCGAAUAUCUCUCUCAAUACUCCCCCACCGUUUGUUCACAAUCCUGCCCCUCCUGCUCCACCACCCGUUCGACAGGUUCCAGUACGCUCAGAUGCUAUCUUGGGUCGACCUGGGAAGCAGUCUAAACAGGGAAAGCAGCCUAAGGUCUUGCCUGCGACCCUUCCCCCUCUUCCCGAAGGUGAAGCAGUGAAUCCAGAUCAUGCGCACAUGCUAGCGAAUACUUGGAUGAAUGCGACGAAGCUCGCAGAAAUGGCCAGGAAAGAAGGUCUCGUAUAUAAGAAGGGCAAGUUCUCAGCUAUCGAGGAGGCACAAUUGAACGCUGCCAUCGAGAAUUGGCGUUCGCAAAAGGGUCUCACGAAAGAGCAGCUCCUGGAGGUCAUAUUCGCCAAAGACAAGGGGAGAGACACCUUCUGGCCUGAAAUUACGGCGGCCUUGCAUCUGCGUCCCAUCAUUGCAGUUUAUCACCAUGUCCGCCGCGUAUAUCAUCCAAUGGGCCAACAGGGUCGCUGGAUGCCGGCUGAGGAUGAUGCGUUGCGAAAGGCUUACGCAGAACAUGGUCCUCAAUGGGAAAAGAUAAGUAUGGUCGUUGGUCGUGCUUCUGGCGACUGUCGAGACCGCUUCCGAAACCAUAUAGAGAACCGUGACAAACGACAGAACGGCCCUUGGACUAAGGAGGAAGAGGAUGACCUCACUAGAAUCGUUCUAGAGAUGACAGUUCAGCAGAACAAAGAUAUCGACAAUGAGGUCUUCUGGGGUGUUGUUAGUCAACGAAUGGGUGGACGCCGAGGGAGGCAGCAAUGUCGAAUAAAGUGGACUGAUUCCUUGAGCAAUCAGUUCAAAAAUCGAGGGCAGAAGCCUCGGUGGAGUCAGAUGGACUCAUAUCUACUCGUUCAUAAGGUUGCCUCGCUCAAUGUAAGGGACGAUAGUGAGAUUGAUUGGAAGCAGCUUCCAGAUGAUAAUUGGAAUAUCUGGAGUGCACAUCAACUUCAACGACGAUGGAAAACGUUGAAGGACAGCGUCAAGGACAGUAAACAUAUGUCUCAUGCUGAAAUCAUGGAGAUUCUCCGAAACAAGAAGGCACAGUCUCCACCUCCACCCACCGCCAGCCGUAAGAAGAAGACUAAAGCCGCAACCAGUGCGGAAACCAUUGUCGAUUCGGACGAUGAUACGGGUAGUACCCCUGUUGCGGGCUCUAGCACAGGUCCUGGCACCACAGCUGGUGUUUCCACAUGAGCCAAUGAUCGUUUGUUUACUUGUUCUGGACCCUACUGUCGUUCCGUGGCUAUUCAUACAAUGCAUUUGACUUGUUGGCCCUU